AUGAUACUGUCUUUAACUACUGACACAUGUCCAUAUCAUACGUUACACCAGUCGUUUCAAACAGAAAACACAGCCACUUGCCAAACCCCGAAGUGUGUCAAUGACUAG